AUUUUAACAAGGGCGUCAAAUUUGAAAAAGAAACCGUUCCGUUUUGCUUUCUGCCUAUCCCGUCAAACCGGAAACCUUGAUAAAACUGCCGGUCAAUCUCAGAAAAAACGUUGAUUCAGUCGUCCUGCUACCUUCUGCCUCCUCCCACAGAGGGAAUGCAAGAGAUCUGAAAGCCUAUCAACGAGAUCUAAAAACUGGGGAAAUUGAUUCAACUACAGUUAUGGUAGAAAUAGAACUGCAAGCCGUUCUGAAAAUGUCGAGAACAUCCAUUGUAAAACCGGCCUUCCCAACCCCCCCAUCGACAAUGUUCCUUUCCAGUCUAGAUCUCUUGUUAUUGCCGUUUAAUAGCAGCCAGAGGCUUCUCUUCUACAAACUUCCCCCUGCAAACGAUUACUCUUGAAUAAUAGAAACCCUAAAGAAAAGUCUCUCAUCAGUUAUGGUAUAUUUCUAUCCGCUGGCGGGUCGCUUGAGAAAUUCUGAAUCCGGCCGGCCGGAGAUCGAUUGCAACGACGGAGGAGUGGAAUUUAGGGAGGCAACCAGCAACAUAGCCUUCCAAGACCUAGAAAAAGAUGGGUUUCAGCACAAGCCCUUUUUCCGAAAACUUGUUCACGAGGUCAACGAUUCUGUGGAUGAAUAUUACAGCAGACCGCUUCUGUCAAUACAGGUUACUGCUUUUGAGGGCGGUGGGAUGUGCAUCGGAACCACCAUUCAUCACGUUAUGGCGGACGGAAAUUCGUUUUGGCAUUUCAUGACAUCGUGGGCAGAGUGCAGCAGAGGUGUCGCAGUUUCCAAACAUGCUCAACACGACAGAACAGUUUUCAAACGAGGAAAAAUGAACCCCAUUUCGAUUUUCUUCAAAACCCAUGAGAUAGUAAGCCAUGGGAUUACAGGGGCCAAGAUUUUCAGGUUUGUACCUGAAAAUUUACAGUCAGACGAAAGGAAGACAUCUAGUAGCUGGAACAUGGAAAAGAGCAAAGAGGCUUUCCAGAAAUUUGGGGAUAGGAAAAGGGAAACAGAAGUGGUUUACUCAACGUUCUGUUUUACAGAGGAUAUAAUAGGGGCUCUGAAACAACGAAGCGGGGCUCCGAGUUCUUUUGUUGCAGUGGCCGCGCAGUUUUGGAGAUGCGUAAUGAGGGCACGCGAUGUGCCACGGGAAGAGGAAGUUUAUUUCUUAGUGCUGGCUAAUUGUAGGGAACGGAUUAAGCCGCCUCUGCUUCCAACGUUUUUUGGAAACUGCUUAUCUAUGGGUGUGGCGCAGACUUCUGCCAAAACGCUCAUCAAUUCCGACAUCUCCUUCGCUGCAGAUGUUAUCCAGCAAAUCAUCGAAUCCUGCACUGAGGAAGCGCAGAUCAAUUAUCUGAUUGACUGGGCAGAAUUUCCAAACAGAAAUUUGCUUAGUUUACUUGGAGAAGCUGGAUCGCAAUACGGAACUGACGUGGUAAGUUCUCCCAGAUUUCCUCUGUACGAGAUGGAUUAUGGAUGGGGGAAGCCUUCGGAUGUGCAGAUGGCAGAGAUGAAGGAAAUUGGAAGCAUGAUUUUGUCAUGUUCAAAGGAUGGCGAUAAAAGCAUUCUCGUCUCCACCUGCCUUCCUCAACACCAGAUGGACUUCUUACAACACAUUAUCUUCUCUGCAUGAUGAAUUCACUUUAGGAUGCCAUCAAAGACAGGUAUUUUGUUGUUGAAUAAAAAAAAAGGUAAUUAGCAGAGGUCGAUAGCUUGUAUGUCU